AUUUUCAUUUUUAGACAUGCUGGUCAUUGUAAUCGAAUAUAGAUAAAAUUUAUACUCAAACUAGUAAAGAAAAAAGUAAUGAAGUUGUUAAUAAGUUAGUCAUAUGUGACUUGGUGUGAUUUUAACAUAUUAAAUUCAAAAAAAGUUUAAACAAUAUUAAUACAAAAAUGAAUAUAAAGGCAGUUAAAGCGAUCGCUGGUGUGUUUUUGGGAUGUAUGUCGAACAUGGUAUUUUUGGAAUUACUUGUGAAAAAUGAUCCAAGUAUAGGAAGUUUAACAACAUUUUUACAAUUUGCAUUUAUUGCUGCAUAUGGAUUUAUAUACAUUUCAAAAUUUGGAACUGUAAAAGCACAUAUUCCAAUUAUGGAAUAUGUUAGUUUAGUAAUAAUGUUUUUCCUGACAAAUGUUAUGAAUAACAUGGCUUUUGAUUAUAAAAUUCCAGUUCCUUUACACAUGAUAUUCCGUUCUGGUUCAUUGAUAGCAAAUAUGAUCAUGGGUAUAUUUAUAUUAAAUAAAACAUAUACUUUAUUAAAAUAUUUAUCGGUGUUAAUGAUUACAAUUGGGAUUACAAUAUGUACAUUGUUAUCAAGUAAUCAAGAUUCGAAUCAAUCUCCAGACAAUUUCUUUUGGUGGGUUAUUGGAAUAACACUAUUGACAGUGGCAUUGUUAGUAUCAGCACGUAUGGGAAUUAGCCAAGAACGUAUUUUCAAACAGUAUGGAAAACAUCCAAUGGAAGCUUUAUAUUAUUCUCAUUUAUUUUCAUUACCUGGUUUUAUAUUUGUGUACAAUGAUAUAUUAAAGUAUUUCGUAAAUAUAAUGCCUGGACCACAAUACACUCUACCAAUUUUGGGUGAUAUUCCAUUACAAUGGGUAUUUUUAGCUGGUAAUGUGAUUACUCAAUUUUUAUGUAUUAGUUCGGUGUACACAUUAACAACGGAAUGUACAUCGUUAACUGUGACAUUGGUGCUAACAUUAAGAAAAUUUACAUCAUUAUUAUUAUCAAUUAUAUAUUUUAGAAAUCCAUUUACACUUGGCCAUUGGCUUGGUACAUUUUUAGUAUUUGGUGGUACUUUAAUAUUUACAGAAGUGCCCCAAACAGUAUUAGUUUAUUUACAAUCUAGUAAAAAAAGUGCUAAAAAAGUUCAAUAAUGUUGGUUUUUGUUU